ACAAGAGCGGUCGGCGUCGGGGGCGCUUCCGGCGGACGGUGGCGGCUCCGAGGCGACAGGCCGCUGCUGCCGGGGUCGUCGGCUGACCGCGGCGCGCUGGGACCAGGGCGGCGGCGGCUGGGGACGCAGGCGGAGCCCCGCGGCGUGUAACCUGAUGACUUAAAUCCGCCAGCCGCCUGGGGUGGGGAGGGUGGGGAGGGCGGAGCGGUAGGCGGUCUCGCGUCCCCUCCCUGGGCCUCAGGAGCUGACCGCCCGCGGUGUGCGUUCCAGGCCCCCGGUCCCGGCGAUGGCAUCGGCUACCAUCGUGCACGACACGUCGGAGGCGGUGGACCUGUGCCCCCUGUACGGGCUCUACCUGAAGCCCAUCACCAAGAUGAGCAUCAGCGUGGCGCUGCCGCAGCUGAAGCAGCCGGGGAAGUCCAUCUCCAACUGGGAGGUGAUGGAGCGGCUGAAGGGCAUGGUGCACAGCCACCAGUUCUCCACGCUGCGCAUCUCCAAGAGCACCAUGGACUUCAUCCGCUUCGAGGGCGAGGUGGAGAACAAGAGCCUGGUCAAGUCUUUCCUGGCCUGCCUGGACGGCAAGACCAUCAAGCUCAGCGGCUUCUCCGACAUCCUCAAGGUGCGCGCCGCCGAGUUCAAGGUCGACUUCCCCAGCCGGCACGACUGGGACUCCUUCUUCCGUGACGCCAAGGACAUGAACGAGACGCUGCCCGGCGAGCGUCCCGACACCGUGCACCUGGAGGGGCUGCCCUGCAAGUGGUUCGCCCUCAAGGACUCGGGCUCCGAGAAGCCCAGCGAGGAGGUGCUGGUGCGGGUGUUCGAGAAGUUCGGGGCCAUCCGCAACGUGGACAUCCCCAUGCUGGACCCCUACCGCGAGGAGAUGACCGGCCGCAACUUCCACACCUUCAGCUUCGGGGGCCACCUGAACUUCGAGGCCUACGUGCAGUACUGCGAGUACGCCGGCUUCAUCCAGGCCAUGAGCGCCCUGCGCGGCAUGAAGCUCAUGCACAAGGGCGAGGACGGCAAGGCCGUGGCCUGCAACAUCAAGGUGUCUUUCGACUCCACCAAGCACCUGAGCGACGCCUCCAUCAAGAAGCGGCAGCUGGAGCGACAGAAGCUGCAGGAGCUGGAGCAGCAGCGGGAGGAGCAGAAGCGGCGGGAGAAGGAGGCCGAGGAGCGGCAGAGGGCCGAGGAGAGGAAGCAGAAGGAGCUGGAGGAGCUGGAGAGGGAGCGCAAGAGGGAGGAGAAGCUGCGCAAGAGGGAGCAGAAGCAGCGGGACCGCGAGCUCCGCCGCAGCCAGAAGAAGCUGGAGAAGCUGCAGGCGGAGGAGCAGAAGAAGCUGCAGGAGAAGAUCAAGCUGGAGGAGCGCAAGCUGCUGCUGGCCCAGCGCAACCUGCAGUCCAUCCGGCUCAUCGCGGAGCUGCUGAGCCGCGCCAAGGCCGUGAAGGUGCAGGAGCAGGAGCAGAAGGAGCAGGCCCUGCGGCUGCAGCAGCUGGAGGAGCGGCGGCGGCUGCAGGAGGCGGAGCUGCGGCGCGUGGAGGAGGAGAAGGAGCGCGCGCUGGGGCUGCAGCGGAAGGAGCGGCAGCUGCGCCAGCGCCUGCUGAGCAUCCUGCUGAGCAAGAAGGUGGACGACCCCCAGGCGCAGGAAGACCUGGGCGUCACGCACGCGGACCUGCUGCAGCCCGUGCUGGACAUCUUGCAGACCGUGUCCGCCGGCUGUCUGCGCGCAGCCUCCCCGCAUCUCCUCGGGGCCCCGCCGGCCCCCAGCGCCCCCAAGGAGACCCCGCCGCGGCCCGAGGCGGAGUGCGCUCCCAGAAACGUGAACGGGAACGCGGCGGAGGAUGCUCAGUGCAGGGACCGGCAGCCCUCUCGCCCGGUCGCCCCCGACGACGCCUCCCCCGAGAAGCGCUGCCCGGCGGUCCUCUCCUGCAUCCCCGACAACAACCAGCACCCCAAGGGCGUGCCCACCGCCUGCGAGCAGAGCGCGCCGCGGAAGGACACCCGUUCUGAGCAAGACAAGUGCAACCGGGAGCCCAGCCGGAGCCGGGGCCGGUCCGGCGGGGCCCCGGGCAGCGCGGACAGGCAGCAGCGGGAGCACAGCCGGCCGCGGCGGGCGGGCAGCCGGGAGGACAGGGGCCGCCGGAAGGAACGCCGCUCCCACAAGAAGCGCUCGCACCAGCGCGACAGCCCCCAGCGCAGCGCGAGCCCCGCCCACGCUCGGUCCCGGAGGUCUUCCAGCAGGGACCGCUCGGGCCACCGGGAGAAGAGCCGAGACCGCCGCAGUGGCUCCGGGAGGAAGCGCAGCCGCCACCGCCACGGCCAGAGGUCUCGCUCCGGCUCCCCCGGCCGGCACCGCAGCACCUGGGACAGGUAGUGCAGGGCGUGUCCUGCCGCCGUCCCGGAAGCGUGGGGCCCGCGGGGCGUCCUGGCUCCUCUUCCCGCCGCCUCGGGAGCCUCCGCGUGGCAGAGGGCAGCGCGUCAACAGCCCUUUCCUCGAUGACCGGCGGCCGUGGGGACCGCCGUGGAGCCGUCUGUCACUAGCCCUUAGUUUCCCGUAAGACUUUUGACCAGUAGCUUUAACGUGGCCAGUCCUCGCUCAGCAGACACGCCGGAACGACCGCGGAGGGACUGGCCGGCCCGCCGCGCACACGGGGCGGCGCCGCGCCCCAGUUCCGCCCGGCGGCAGCCUGUGCCACCCACAUCGCGGCAGGCGCGUGCCCGGGCUCUGGGGACGAGUGGCCGGCGUGGGGACUCCACGGUCCCGCGGGGCAGGACGGGGAAGUCUUGCCCGGCUGGGUUUUUUUUUUUUUCUUCUUCUCCUGUUUAUUUUCCUUUUUGUGACUUUCACGGACUGGGAAGCACUGCGGCUGGGACGCCCGAAGAACCAAGUGACCUUGAC